AUGGAUCAAUCGAUGCUGGAUCUGAACGAUCCCCAUCGGAGACGUCAGCCUUUGAAAGAUGCAUCCGGAAGAAUCAACAAUGCGAGGUCUCCCAAGCCCGAGACACCAAGGGUUCGCGUCGAGGAUCUUGAUCAGCUCAAGACUCCAGACCAGAUGUCCAUCAUGACUAGCCCGACGCCUCGGGACAAGGAGAACCACAGACUGUCAGUAAUCACCGACUUCCAAUCCGACUCGGCUCGCAACUCCGUUCUGUCGGCUGCGUCCAUUCUAUCGAACAAAGGAAAACGCAAAACUCACGUUGGACCAUGGCAACUCGGGAAGACCUUGGGAAAAGGAGCUACCGGUCGUGUUAGGUUAGCCAAGCACGCCGUCACCGGUCAGACCGCAGCUAUCAAGAUUGUGUCCAAGAAAUCGGCCGCUAUGGUUCAGAGCGAAAGUAUCGCCGCAAUGGAUCGAAACGUCAGCAACUUUUCAGGGUUUACUAAUGCUCGCCACAUGCCUUGUGGAAUUGAGCGCGAGGUGGUCAUCAUGAAGCUCAUCGAGCAUCAUAAUGUAAUUAGUCUAUACGACGUGUGGGAGAACCGUGGCGAGCUAUAUCUGGUUCUCGAGUACGUUGAGGGAGGGGAGCUAUUUGACUACGUGUCCAAGAAUGGUCCACUCCCAGAGGAAGAAGCCGUUCGCCUGUUCCGUCAAAUUAUUGCAGGAUUGGGUUACUGUCAUCGUUUCAACAUUUGUCACCGUGACUUGAAGCCUGAGAACAUUCUGCUCGACUCUCACCACAAUGUCAAACUUGCAGAUUUUGGUAUGGCAGCCCUGCAGCCCGCAGGCCACUGGCUCAACACCUCUUGUGGAAGCCCUCAUUAUGCCGCACCGGAGAUUAUUUACGGCCGCAAAUACCGCGGUGAUCGGGCUGAUAUGUGGAGCUGCGGAAUCAUUUUGUAUGCCCUUUUGACGGGAUACCUUCCUUUUGAUGGUGGCGACCUGCCCAACACGUUGCGGCUGGUUAAGAAAGGGGAAUAUAUGAUUCCUUCCGAGUUAAGCGAUGAAUCCGCCGACCUCAUUCAACGCAUUUUGCAGAAACGGCCUGAGGAUCGGAUCUCCAUGGCUAGCAUUUGGCAACACCCUCUCUUGACCAAAUACGAAAAGCUGCAUAAUGCCAUGACUGAUCAAUACAUUGGUCCUCCGCCGAAACUAUCUAUCAAGGACUGUGGCAAGCCAAUCUCCUGUCGCCAGGAUAUAGACAUGGACAUCUUGCGAAACCUGCAAACACUGUGGCACGAUGUCAAGCCAGAUGCUUUGAUUGACAGAAUCCUGUGCAUAGAACCAACCCACGAGCGAAUGUUUUACAACGCACUUGCCAAGUUUCGUGAUGAACAGUUGGAGAAUUACCAAGGACAACCGUUGGAGUAUUCUGCAAGUGACUAUCACCAUAUAUCCCGCCCUGGAAGCAAGCCUCGCCGAGGUCGUAGCCAAAAUGGACGGAACAGCGCAAAACGUCGAUCUCACGUUUCCGUCGUCAAAGACAUUCGUCACAGGAUAACCUCGCCGCAGGAGCCCAAAUCGUGUGCCAGCGUGGAGAGCUACGAUCCAUUCCGAUCUCCCAAACACCAUGCGACAUUAAAGGAGGCUAAAUAUGCCCAGGUCACGAUUCACAGGGCAGUAGAGGAACAUGAUGAGAUGGUGGCCUCGCCCUUUGUCAAGCCGCCUCCAUCAAUCGUAGAGGAAGAAGAGCCCGAUGAUGAUGAAGAUGGAAUUGAGAACUCACCCUUCACGGUUCUACAGAAGCGAAAACACAAGCCCAGCUCGAUGAAGUCCUUCCAAUCUUCCAAGGUUCCCCUCUCCAGUUCAAGAUGCCCAAGCCUAUCUACCCACUCGACCAGCUACCGUCGCAAUGUUUCUUUCCGUCACGCUCGCAACAAGUCACAGGGAUCGACCAAGCCAAAGAGAAGAAAGACAGGCCAGAACCAAUUACCAAACCCUCAGACCGAUCUCAAGAGGUCACCAAGCGCCGCCAGUCUACAGAUGAUUGCUGAUGGUCAUAAUGUACCUCCGAUGCCAAGUAGCCCACCUCUCCCAGCCCAGCCAACUGUUGUCCGACCAAGCGGGGUUAAGGUCCGAAGCUUGGGUCAGGCCAGAAAAGUUAGGGAGUCAGACAUCAUCUGGAAGGAAGACACCCGGAAGGUAUCUCACGAACUCAGUCAGAUUUGCGAAGAGGCGUUCAAUGGUAGUUCUGUGACCACCAUCCGCACCGCCAGCACCGAAGCCGGAUACGAGACACCCGCAACUCCAGUCUCAAUCGCCAGCCAGGAGCAUUUCGUUAACGUUCCGAUCAAGGCAUCAGCCGAUAUAUUGAAGGCGACUCCGAAGGAGUGUGGGCGCUCAUACAGCAUUCAGGAGCUGACUGAAACUCGGCGCAAGCUUGUGGAGCAUAGCAAGGGUCGAAGUGAUAACAUUCCAGGAUACCUUUCAGGCGUCAUCGGCCAUCUUGAUCGCUUGAUCGAAGAAGAUCAAACACAGCACGACAAUCAUGUCGAUAGGGAAGACAGCAAUUUACCAAUGGAUCACUAUCUCGCUGCGGAGGAAACCUCACUUCCCGUUAUCACUGAAGAGUUCGCCAGUCCUAUUCGCGCGCCCAGUGAUGCUCGAACUACUAUUCGGAUGGUCCCGCACAGCUCCCUGCGGUCCAUGGAUGAGGUGAAACCCUUGAUGAUUCGCAAGAAAACACCGGGUAUGGUAUCUGUUUUCCCAGAGAAGGAAAUCAAUGAUUCCAGUCGCAAUUAUUCCGCCAGCUCCCGACAGACUCGCAAUGCCUCUGGCUUGGAGCGAAUUGACGAAAGCCCUCCAUCCCCCGAGCGCAAUACAGGUUCCUACAGCAAGAAAUGGUCGUGGUUCAAGACCCGUUCACACGUUCCCGACAGUCCGCCAUUGCCUCCUCCCAAAGAACGUCAGCAAAUCAUUCCGAGCAAUGGAACAAUUGUUCACACUCCUGUAGACCUGAUGGGAUCGCCUCCCAAGACGGAGGAAGUGCGAGCCCCUACCCGAAAGACGUCCAUGGAGCGCUUCGGUGGUAAUCUGCUGAAGAAGCUGAUGCCAAAGAAGUCGAACAAAAACUUGGCUCAGCCUGAAGCGGACAAGGACAGGCCUUCUUCAAAGGAUCAAAACCGCAACUCCUCGCUUACGUGCAAGAGAUUCCCCGACCCCGAGAGCUCCUUCGAGGCCGACGAUCUCCAUAGCCCGCCUUCAAUGAAGCGGCGCUCUAUCGCUAACCACAAUUGGUUUGCUCGGGUUUUCCAGAUAAAGCCGGCGUCCCGAGUCAUCGCUCUCAAUACUUCCAAGGUGAAGAGUCGCAAGGAAGUUUAUAAGCUGCUCCGUGAUUGGCGAGACUACGGCAUGGAAGACGUGUACAUGGAUAAGAACAACAGCACAGUUCAUGGUCGAGUGAGCGAGGCUAACUUCCUUCGUCUUCGCGAGGUGGAAUUUACUGCUGAGUUCUAUACCGUGCUCGAACAUGGUCGCCAAGCCAACCUCAGUCUGGUCCGUUUCAAACAGGAACGUGGCGCUGCGUCUUCAUUCAACAAAGUCGUUGAGACUGUUCAGUCUAUGCUGAAAUCCCGAGGCAUGCUUGUGGAAGACCCUGCUCGCGCCAAGAAAAUGUCCCGUGUGCUGGACACGGUUCCUAAUGCUUAA